AGAGAGAAAGAGAGAGCAAGUGAACGAACGUGUGAGAGAAAGUGAGCGAGAGAGCCGGCGAGCGUGCAGCGGUGCCCUGUGCUCCAGGACUAAGCCUCAGUGCUCAGCUUGUAGCAGAGACUCUACAUUUCUCCUCCUCUUCCUCUUCUUCCUCUCCUCUCUGCGCUCAUCUCUCUCUCUCCCCCCCAAAAACUCUGCUCCCUUUCAUCCUCUUCUCUCUCCCUCCUCAUUCUCACUGCCCCACUUCCUCUAUAAUCUCUGCUUUUCAGUUAUCAACAUCGGAUUGCUCUCCUCUUCUCCUCCACUAUACUUUUCACUUUUCAUCCCUCUCCAUCUCCCUCUUUUUGUCCUUUUUCUCCUCGCGGAUGGAGUGAGAGGUUCUUUUAACACCUGCACACUCUCCUCUCCUCUCCUGUCCUCCUCCCUGCAUCACAUCCCAUGGGCAUCCGUGCAUCUUGCAGACCAGAGCCUCAUGGUCGUGGAGGCGGUUCUCAGCCGGGUCAGGCAGACUCUCCCCUCCCAGAGCAGGAUGAGGAGAUCCUGGGCUCUGAUGACGACGAGCAGGAGGACCCCAAUGACUACUGCAGGGGUGGAUAUCACCAUGUUAAAAUUGGAGAUCUGUUCAAUGGGAGGUACCAUGUCAUCCGUAAGCUGGGCUGGGGCCACUUCUCCACGGUGUGGCUGGCCUGGGACAUCCAGGAGAAGCGUUUUGUGGCCAUGAAGGUUGUAAAAAGUGCUGAGCAUUACACAGAGACGGCUCUGGAUGAGAUCAAGCUGCUCAAAUCUGUGAGAAACACAGAUCCCAGCGACCCCAGCAGAGAGAAAGUGGUGCAGCUUCUAGAUGACUUCAAAAUUUCUGGCAUGAAUGGCACUCAUGUGUGCAUGGUAUUCGAGGUGCUGGGAUAUCACCUGCUGAAGUGGAUUAUCAAAUCAAAUUAUCAAGGUCUGCCCUUGCCCUGUGUUAAAAGCAUCAUACGACAGGUUCUACAAGGUUUAGACUACCUCCACACCAAGUGUAAGAUCAUCCACACAGACAUCAAACCAGAGAACAUUCUGCUGACUGUCAACGAGCCCUACGUCAAGAAAAUGGCUGCCGAAGCUACGCAGUGGCAGAGGACUGGCGCUGCACCUCCCUCGGGCUCUGCAGUGAGUACGGCUCCACCACCCAAACCAAUGGCCAAAAUGUCAAAGAACAAAAAGAAGAAGAUGAAGAAGAAGCAAAAGAAGCAGGCAGAGCUGUUGGAGAAGAGGAUCCAGGAGAUGGAGGGCGGAGCGACACCAGAAGGAGGUGAAGACGAAGAUGACGAAGAGACGACAACAGAAACCACUGAGGAUACAACUUCCUCUACCACCCUGUCUAUGUCCGCCACGCUGCAAGACAUCGCUAACCAUACUAUCACAGAUACAUCUCCUGACGAGCAGCCUCAGCAGAUGCCAGAAGGAAACGAAGGAAGGAAGGAGGCAGCCGAGGAGGAGAACACGAUGGAGGUGAACUUCAAUGGCCACGCCUCUACACCGGAGAGCGAGGCCAGCCCGGAGAGCCUGGUACACAGGACCAUGCAGUCAAAAGAGGAGCAGGAGGACCAACAGAAUGCAAACCAACCAGAAAACAACACAGACAGCCACAACACAUUAAAUAACAAAGAAGAGCAAAGUCAGACCUGUAACGGUUCGACUGGGGACCCAGACACCGACCGGCAGCAGCUGCCCACCUCCCUCAGCCCAGACUCUGUCACUGUCGAGCUAAAGGGAGAGGGAGAUAGGGAGGAGAAGAAGGAGGAGGAGAUGGACACUCAAGGGGAGUCCAAAAGAGGGGAUGAAGAAGACGACAGCCAGAAUGGAGCAUCAGGCAAUAUGUUAGUAAACCCCCUAGAGCCUCACAAUGCUGACAAGCUGCAGGUUAAGAUCGCUGACCUUGGCAACGCCUGCUGGGUGCAUAAACAUUUCACAGAUGACAUCCAGACAAGGCAGUAUCGUUCUCUUGAGGUGCUGAUAGGAGCCGGCUACAGCACACCAGCAGACAUCUGGAGCACAGCCUGCAUGGCCUUUGAACUUGCCACUGGAGAUUAUUUGUUUGAACCCCACUCUGGAGAGGACUACUCCAGAGAUGAAGAUCACAUAGCCCUGAUCAUCGAGCUGCUAGGUAAAGUUCCACGGAAGCUGAUCUUAGCGGGCAAAUACUCCAAGGAGUUUUUCACCAAGAAAGGUGACUUGCGUCACAUCACCAAGCUGAAGCCAUGGGGUCUGUUUGACGUCUUGGUAGAAAAGUAUGAGUGGUCCAAAGAGGAGGCCCACUGCUUCAGCACCUUCCUCCUGCCCAUGCUGGACCUGGUGCCUGAAAGGAGGGCCACAGCGGCCCAGUGCCUGUCCCACCCAUGGCUUGCAUCCUAGAGGCCACUCGUGCACCUCACCCCACCCUCAUUUUGUGAAAGGGAUACAUUAGUUUUGAAGAUCCUGGGCUUGAAAACAUACACAUUCAUGUCUGCAAAGAGCCCAUGACUGCAUUGUGCCUGCAUCCUCCUAUCAUGGCUCUGUGAGGCUACCUACACACACUCGCAAACAUCUCAACAAUAAAAAGAGAGACUGCUGCUGAGUCUUUGUCCUUUUAUGGAUUACACUGGUUAUAGAAGGAACUCAAGGUCUUCUCCCUGUAUUUCUGGCUCUUUUUUAUUUGCUGCAUAGAACUUAGUGAUUUUGCUUUCUCUUUUUUCCCCUCUGACUCCAGCUCUUUCUCUGCAGCACAUUACUCUCUGUACCUUUAGCUAUAGACAAUGGACUCUGUCAGAUUUAAAAGGAAAUUGCACUCGUGUACAAAUGCAGAAAAAGGCAGGAUGUUAAUAGAAAUGUUAAGAUUGCCAUCAAAACAACAUACUGUUCAUUUCAGUCAGUGAUUAGCCAAACCUGUCUGUUUGCCAGUCAUCAUAUUAGCUGUGCCAACUUUUAUGCCUUUGGCUGUUUGCAAAGUGCUCAGAAUUAAUAACUGCAUAAUGCUAACAGGCAUGAAGAGCAAGUAGUAACCUUCUUAGCACUGUUAAGUUUAGCUUUAUAGCUUUAUCCAUAAAAACUUUUGUACAUUUGUAUACAGACAGCACUACGGGAUUAGGAAACAUAUGCGUCGUACAUCUCAGCAUUGUGCACCAAGUCUUUCAUCCAAAAUCACACUGUUGUUUUUGUAUUUUUGAUUUGUUUUCAGGAGAACCAAACUGUGUGAUCUCAGAUUUUUCGUGUUAUAGUUAUUAUAUUAAGUUUAAGCAUUGUUUCAUGUUGUCUUGAAAAAAAGCACUUGGUACAAUAUAAUGUGAACAAUAUUUCAGAUUCCUUUACUUCAUGUGCAAGUUGGCAAAAGAUUCUUAUUGAAUGCUGUUUCAUACCUGGAUCACUUUUUACCUGUUAAUGGCCUCAUACACCAUCGCCCAUAUUAACAGUCAAAGUAUAUGUGAAUCCACUUCCUGUGUGUACAGUACAGUGUACCAAAGAGUUGGCCUUCUAUCUCUCCCUCUCUGCAACAUUAGCUUUGCACAGUUUCCGUAAGAUUGAAGGCAGAAGCUCUAAGGGUUGAGCUUUUUUUUUUUUCUUUUUACACUUUUUAGAAAUGUCUCAAAGAAUGUUCACGAUUUCCAGUUGUUUGAAAGUUUUGUUUCAAGUGUUUCCACUGUGCGUGGAGGUGUUGGAUUGUACUAAAUACAGAUGCUGUAAUAAUGCUUUGAAUCUCCUCAGAACCAUUUUGCUUAUUUUUCUACAAAAUCUCUUCUGUCCAUGUCUUCCCUCUUCAUUUUGUUGUCAGUUUUUUCUGUAGGUAAUAAGAAUAAACAUUUUUCAAAAUCUA